ACUCGCUAUUGUUGUGAGGCAGUGGUGGUGGUGGAGGUGGAGGUAGUCACUGGCUGGGCUCCGCGCCGUCCACACACAACCACCCGGCGGCGCCUCCACGGCCCCGCCCACUGGGGACUCCACCGCGAGCUCAAGGGGAGACUUCGGUGUUCUCGCGUGCUUCUUCGUUCUCGGUGUCGCUCACAUGUCGCUCCGGUUAUCCAGUUGUAGCGUGGCGUGUUCUUGUCCCGUCUGGCUUCGCUGAUCAACGGGGAAAGUUCUAAGGGAGUUUGCGUGGUGAGUAGCGCGUGGGGGCAGUCGCUACUGAGGAAGGCGUCAAAAGCGAGGCGGGAAGUUUUAAUGCCGUUCAUUGUGACAAACUGCGCAAGGCUCCCAGCCUCCCCCAUGACCUGUUAGACUCCCGCGGCGCCACGUGACUCCCUUCAUCCUGAGUCUCGUCCUCCCACAGGUACUCCGUCCCUUGUGUGUGUGUUCGUGUGUCAGUGUAUGAGCCGAGCUCACACACUGUGAGCUCGGCAAGGCUGUGAGGGGCGAAGUGUACUCAUAUACUCUUACCUUUAAAGAAGAAAAGAUUAAUGAGCCUGAAAUGAUGUGACAUGAUGGACGUGCACACCUGUGGCGUCACGUUGCCAAAUACCCGACGAAGAGAGGCGUUCACGAGACCGCCGGGGAACGAAGUGUGUGUGAUAACUCUACUUGGACUGACUGGGAGGCUGAGCUACCAAGAUAAUGCAAGUCACGUGAACUGAGCACCGCGUGCAUGCACAGCCAGUGGUAAUGCGACACACCGAUAAGAGCGCGAAGAAAACAAUACGAUUUCACUUCAUUUUUGAGCGAUUAGAAGAAAAAAAAAAUACUGAAGGAAAAAACAGAGGUAUAGAAAACGCAAAAAAAAAAAAAAAAAAAAAAAAAAAAAAAAAAAAAAACUCACGUGAAGACAUCCGCGCUUAACAAACUCACAGUACAGUAUUCAGUAUUAAGUUCACUAAGGAUCGAUAAAAAAAAAAUUGAAGAAAAAACAAAAAUAGAAAAAAAAACAGAAACGAAACAUCAAAAAAAAAAAAAAAACGAAAACUCACGUGAACACAACCACACUAACAUUUCCCUCUACUUCAUUCCUGCGUUCCCCAUUUAUCAUCAUCACAACACCUCAGCUGGCCUCACCAUGUCCUCGCCAGCGUCCUACCCCCCUCUGUUGUGCCUGUGUCCGCCGAGGGAAGCACCAAGGAGAGGCAGGAGGCACCGAGGGGCAGCGCUAAUGCCUCCCGCAGUCGGCUUUAAGUGUUGUUAUUCCCCCAUCAAUAUCCGGGAGCCGCGGGACGGGAGCUGAAGUGCUGAGGAUUACAAACUUUCAGGGAUAAGUCCGUAAUUUUCCCCCGCUCGUGAUGUAACUAAAAUAGAAAGACAAAGAAAAGAAGGAAAGGAGAGAGAAAGAAGAGGAAAGGGAAAAGUUAUUCGUGUUCAGGCAGACAGUGCAAGCUUAAAGGUUUGGAAAGUUAAGGAAAGAACGAAAAAGAAGACAGAGAGAAAGGGAGGAGAGGGGGGCAGGGGUGGAAAGGGAAGAGAUGUAGUAGCCGGUACAGGACACAAGAAAAAUACACAUGUGAUCUAAGGAAUGAAACUGGAAAGUGACAAAAGAACAUCGUGAAAAGAGAGAGAGAGAAAAAAAAAAUCCUGAUUCCUUAAGACGAACCCCGAAACCAAUCGCAUUCAUAGCAGACGAUAAAAUAAGAAAAUAACAGAGAGAGAGAGAGAGAGAGAGAGAGAGAGAGAGAGAGAGAGAGAGAGAGAGAGAGAGAGAGAGAGAGAGAGAGAGAGAGAGAGAGAGAGAGGCAAGAAAAUAGAGACGGACAAGUAAGAAACGCGUGAAAUAGAAAAGAACAAGGAUCAUUUGAGACUCGAACCGGAACAUUGGAAGCAUUGGGAGUCACACGCAGAGGAUCAGCCAUCAUCAUCAUCAUCAGCGAGGACACGAGGACAGACAGACUAGGGAUCAAAUAUCAUUAACCGAUUCUGCUUAUAACCCUUUCAUUGAAAUACGAGACAAUUAACAGCACUGUGUGAUGGCACCCCUACCUGCCUCGCUCCUCUACCUGGCGGGCCUGGUGGCCGCGGCAGGAGGCUUUGCGCCCAGCAUUGAGGUGCCGCCGCCCACUUCGGAGCCGCCGGCCAGCUCUACAGUGGACGCGGCGCUCCUCCCUACCUUUCUAACCCACGACAACGCCACCGUCACUGUGCACGCCGGGGAGACCGCCACGCUGUCCUGCUACGUAGUGCGGGUCGGCGACAAGACGGUGUCCUGGGUAAGGAGAAAGGGGGAUGACUUCCACAUCUUGACGAUCGGCUACCAGAAGUACCACAAUGAUAACAGGUACACGCUGAGAUACGAGAUUCCCAACAACUGGAAGCUACAGAUCCGGAACACUCAGAAGAGGGACGAAGGCUUGUAUGCGUGUCAGAUCUCCACGCACCCUCCCAGGAUUAUGAGGGUGUUCCUGACUGUCUUGGUGCCUGACAUCGAGGUGCGAGAUCCCCGGGGUGAGGCGGUGAGCGACGCCUACUACAGGGUGGACUCCACGGUGGGGCUGCAGUGUGUGGUGAUGCCCGUGCCCCCAAGCCGCCCCGUGCUGUGGACCCGCGAAGGGCGCCCCGUCACCACCUUGCCACAGCGAGGCAUCAGGGUGGACACUUCACCUAUGGGUUCCGGCCUCAGCUCGUGGCUCCACAUCGCCCGCGCCUCCGUCAGCGACACCGGGAACUACACCUGCACCGCUGGGGACACCGUGACGGCAGGUGUUCGCGUGCAUGUCUUGGACGGCGAGAGUUCAGCGGCAAUGCAACACUCCACAACAGAUGAAGCCCUGCCAGCAACCCGCCCAGCUCCUGUUCUCCUCCUCCUGCUGGUCGCUUACGCCGCCCUGUCCCUCACUUAGAAAACGGGUGUGUGAUGUUAAGGUACCACUGAGCUAACCUGACGAAAUUGGACCUUGGGUAAAAGGUGGAGGCUAAAAGACAGGCAGGCAGGCAGGAAAACGAGGAGGAUGGAUGGAUGAAAGGAGUGUGCGUGAUACAACGUGAAAAAUGGGACAGUCAGGGGGUCGCUUGAUGGAAAACGGACGAGUGGCCAGCCGCGGAGGUCGUGUGGAGUGAUACCGAGAAGGAAAACGGGGAAAGGUUGGAAAAUGAUUGAAAAUGGGAUGAUAUGUACGAGAAGAUUAGGACUGUAAGGCGAUAAGGUGAAUUUAGUGCAGAUGGAAGAAAGGAGAUAAAGAUUAGAAGCAAGAUGUUACACGAGGCAAAGAAAUAAAAGAAAAAUGUAGAAUAUGAAAGGAAAAAUCAAAUAAAUGAAGAGAAAGUUAAUAAGUUGAAUAAAGAGAAAACUGCAAGCAGCAUGGAACAAUAUGAAGGAGAGCUGUAUGAACUUGAGAGGAAGAUACAGAAAAUGUUGGACAAAGGUGUAGGAGAAGCGGAAGUGGUGAUAAAUGGAAGUCAUUAAUCAAAGUUGCUUAUUUUCUGAGAAUUUCACGUAUCAUAUUCUUCUUUACGUUUACUUUCUCUUUCCUCAACAGAAGAAGGACAUAUUUACUAGUUCAUAUAUUGAUUGCUUUAACUAUAUUUCUGUCAUGUAAUCUCUCUCUCUCUCUCUCUCUCUCUCUCUCUCUCUCUCUCUCUCUCUCUCUCUCUCUCUCUCUCUCUCUCUCUCUCUCUCUCUCUCUCUCUCUCUCUCUCUCUCUCUCUCUCUCUCUAACUGUGUGUGUGUGUGUGUGUGUGUGUGUGUGUGUGUGUGUGUGUGUGUGUGUGUGUGUAAAUACUGACGUCACACUCUCUUUGUAUACUCUUCUCUUCCUGUUUUUCAUUAUUCACUCUGACAACACUUCACCAUCCAUCAGGUACUCACACAUACACACACACACACACACACACACACACACACACACACACACACACACACACACACACACACACCUAUCCUCCACACUUUAGUUUCAUUUUUCAUGUUAGUUCAUGGAAGGUAAUGGUGUUUGAGGUGAGUAAUAUUGAGUUUUAGGCAAUCAUGUGAAUAUAUUUGUAUAUAAAACUGUAUAUAUGUUACGGUAAAGUCAUGAAGAGAAGGAGAGUGUACAAAUAUACAUAGAUACUCAAACAUGGUUAAACUGAUGGAGAUAGAUAGAUAGAUAGAUAGAGAUAGACAGAUAGAUACGUAGAUAGAUGGACAGAUAGAUAGAGAUAGACAGGUAGAUACGUAGAUAGAUGGACAGAUAGAGAUAGACAGGUAGAUAUAUAGAUAGAGACAGGUAGAUACGUAGAUAGAUGGAUAGAUAGAUAGACAGAUAAGUAGACAGGAGGAGGAAAUGACAGCUGCGUGUAGGGAUAAAUCAAUAGAUAGAUAGACAGGUAGAUAGAUAGAUAGAUAGAUAGAUGAGAAAAGAAGUGCUACAUAUAGGAAGAAAUCAAUAGAUAGAUAAUUACACGUAAAUUCAUCCUUAAACACACACACACACACACACACGUAAACAAACAGAACAUCCUUCCAUUUGCUGAACUAACAAGGCAUCACUCAAAUAACGUAAAGCAGUAACUACAGUAAUGUGAACGUAACACCAUCUCUCACUUCACUCGCUCCACUUCAGGCACCUCCACUCACCCACUCACUCAUCCGUCCGAAUUCAGGAACGUGAAAGCAUUCGAUCUUGUAUUGAAAAGGGUCGGAUCGCUUUUAAAGGUGUAUCGGGAAGCAGCAAAAGAAUAAAGGUGGUGUUUUAAUUAAUCCUUUGAAACGCAGGGUAAGCUGAGAGUCAAUGGAAGUGAAUUAUUGAUGGAAAUGUGAAGGAGGAGGAUGAAAAAAUGACUUGUGGCGUGUAUUUGAUUGAUUUGCUUAUUCAACUUUAUGCAGGAGUGUGUUUGUGAAUCACCUUUCCACUGCAACCGCGUUUUUUAAUGGUGGAAAAGAAAUUAUGCAGUGUUAAUCAUGCAUAUAUUAUUAUUAUUAUUAUUAUUAUUAUUAUUAUUAUUAUUAUUAUUAUUAUUAUUAUUAUUACUACUACUACUACUACUAGUGUCAUCACGUAUAUUUCUGUAAAAAAGUGUGUGUGUGUGUGUGUGUGUGUGUGUGUGUGUGUGUGUGUGUGUGUGUGUGUGUGUGUGUGUGUGUGUGUGUGUGUGUGUGUGUGUGUGUACGCGCCUGCCUCCACAAAGUGUUCUAAUUUGAAUUCUAAAAUUUUUUCCACCAUUUAAGUUCGAAUACAUAUUGUUAUUAGUUUUUGUUUUUACUGUGUGUGACAUCAGUGGUCAGAGAGAGAGAGAGAGAGAGAGAGAGAGAGAGAGAGAGAGAGAGAGAGAGAGAGAGAGAGAGAGAGAGAGAGAGAGAGAGAGAGAGAGAGAGAGAGAGAGAGAGAGAGAGAGA